AUGCGCAACUCAGAGAGUCCUUUGCUGCUUCAGCUGCUGCUGCUGCUGCUUUUGCUGGCACUUGAGAGCACCUGGUCAGCGACCAUAUUGCAUCACGAUGUCGCCGGAGCCAGCGCCAUCUCGCAUCAGAGCUUUAUCCGUUUGUCAUCGCCGCCAGCUGCUGCAGUAAUCCAUCAGUUGCCUGCAACUUUAGCUACGCCCACAGUGCGUAUAAUUAAUGUGGCCAGGCAAACAAAGACCGAACCGCACCUACAGCUGCAGCUUAGUCCACAGUCUGAAGAGAACACUCCACUGCACACGCCGGCACAUCUCACCUAUGCGGCACAUCCGGUGGUGCAUCAGAUGCUGCCCCGGAUUAAGCCGGUGCGCAGUAUAAGCUACGCCUCGCUGUUGCCGGGUCCGAGACAAGGACGCGGCACACACACAUUUGCACAAUCAGUUUAAGUUUAAGUU